AUGGCCGCUGAGCAGUCACCAGAACCCCAGAGACACCAGGUCGAGUCGCUCAGCAGCUUGGAAGAUGACCCGGGGGAUAUGGCAGAGAAACACGAGGAAGGGUGUACGUCGAGUCCGCCUUGUAGUGUAGUAGAUCAUGAUAACAGUAGAAACAAGAAUGAAAGCAACUGUGAAAUUAAUGUAUCUGGUGAUGGUGUAGCGGGGUUGCGCGGUAGUCCGACUGAAAUUAGCAUUGGCCACCAUACAAACAAUGCUACGAUGGUUCCCAGUCUUGUGAUUGACUUAACAGCGCCCGAAGCCGAGGCCCACACGCACCCCGUCGUUUCCUGUGAUAACCAGCGGGAAUUUGAAUGGUCAGAUGCGGAGGAAGAGUCAGAACUGCACAGAGAUGCAGUGGAGUACGACGAUAACAACGUGCCUGAGAUGGGAGUGGACAUCUCUCCCAAAAUAAUUGACAAUGGAGUGGAAUCAAGCCUAGGAGUGGAGGAAGUGGAAGUUGUGAAAUCACCUUCACCGGCCCAGGACAAGGAGGAAAUGGUAAAGGACACAAACGAAGAACUGGGAGAGAAAGAGGGAGGGGUGGUGAAAGCAGAGGCGCCGGUGAAGCAGCGGAAGAGCCGGCUGAUAUGCCGGGAGUGCGGCAAGCUGUUCACACGCCGCGAGACGUACAACCUGCAUCGGCACUUCCACACACACCAGGACGAGCUGGCCUCCCUCACCUGCAAGGAGUGCGGCCUCACCUUUCAGCAUCGCAGCAGCCUGAUCAAGCACCGCAGCGAGCACAAAGAGAAGGGUGCGUCCGUCGGUCUGGAGAAGAGGGUCCACCAUGGCGGGGAAGGGAGGCGCCCGCAGUGCGAGCACUGUGGGGAGACGUUCCGCAGUCUGGUUAAGCUGAGGUGCCACGCUUGCCCGCAGGCCCCGGAGAAGCCCUACCGCUGCCCGCUGUGCCGGAGAGAGUUUCAGUACAAGGUGUCUAUCAACGCCCACAUGCAAACGCACUCCCUCGAGAGUCCCUUCCGCUGCCAGGAGUGCAACAAGGGCUUCCAGUGCGCAAUGACCCUCCGCGUGCACCAGCGGUCCCAUGCUGCCCUCAAGCCCUUUGAAUGCCCCGAUUGUGGCCUGGUCUUCCGCCAUCGCUCCAUCAUGGAGGACCACCGACGCAAGCACUCGGCGGGGGGGCGGCCCCAUCAGUGCAGCAUUUGCGGCAAGCGGUUCAAGUUCAGCAGCCUCCUGCAUCAGCACCAGUUCCUGCACACGGGGCAGAAGCCCUUCCAGUGCCCUGACUGCGGUAAGAAGUUUGCCUUCGCCCAAAACAUGCGCGCGCACUGGCGGCAGCAUCGCAAGCUCGUGCACGCCUGUCUACGCUGCCCCCUCACUUUCCCGGACCCAAGUAGCCUGAAGGCGCACAUAAAGAGCCAUGAACCUACAGAGGAGGGCUUUGGAAGGGUGGGCAAAGUGAAUGCGGAUAACGGCAAUGUUCAGGAACGGUCCCACACCUGUCCCCUCUGUCCCCUCAUCUUGCCCAAUGUGGCCGGCCUGAAGGCACACAUGCUGGUCCAUGAGGCAGAAGAGGGUUUUGGUGGGGCAGAGAGAGUAAGGAUGAACAAUGGCGGAACUCAAGAACGCCCCCUCACCUGCCCCCACUGUCCCCUGGUCCUGCCUUGCCUGAGUAGCCUAAAGGCUCACGUUGUGAUCCAUGAGAUACCAAUGGAGGAAGAGGAUGGGGUGCUGAGGGUAGGGAGAAAGCCAAGCCCCAAAAACACGGAGCAAGUACCCGGGGGAGGGUCGGGUGGGGACCAUGCAAUUCGUAAGCCCCUGAAGUGCCCUGAGUGCGGUAAGAGCUUCCGUCACCGCUCGGUUCUGGAGCUGCACAUGCGCAUUCACUCCCGAGACAAGCCCUUCCAGUGCAAAGUGUGCGGGAAAGGCUUUAAAUUCAGCAGCUACCUGCAGCAGCACCUGAUCAUCCACACGGGCCAGAAACCCUUCAAAUGCCCGGACUGCGGCAAGGACUUUGCCUUCCUCCAGAACAUGAAGACCCACCAGCGGUUGCACCAGCAGAAGCCAUAUCGCUGCACGCAGUGCCGCAAGGGCUACAGGGAGGAGAGUGAGCUCCAGCGCCACAUGGUGUCCCACACCGGUGACAAGCCUCACAAGUGUCAGCUGUGCAACAAGAGCUUCGGGCUGGCCUACCUGCUGCGUGACCACCUCAACACCCACACUGGGGAGAGGCCCCACCACUGCAUGGAGUGCAACAAGUCCUUCCCCUGGCUGAGCAGCCUGCUGGUGCACCAGAAGAUCCACGCACGCAAGCGACAGGGGCUCAGCCAGCCCCUCUCUCUCCCAAUGGCAGCCCAGAGGGGCAGGGGUAGAGGCAGGGGCAUCAGGGGCCGGAGAGGGGCUAGGUGGACGUCAGCCUGGCCCAGGUGGGCAGGGGGAGAGGGCGUAGGGAUGCCGCCUCCGCCCUCUUAUUCGGUUGCCAUGGCGAGAGAGCCUGAGUGGCCUGGAAGGCUGGCUCAGCAGGCGCCAACAAUCUACACCCCACAAUUCAAUUUCCAAGAGCAGUGGCAGCAGCACCAGACACCGCAGCAGCAGUGGAGAUCAGAGGUUUUGGUCCAGCAGCAACAGCAGGAGCAGCAGCAGCAGCUGUGGAGGCCUGAGGUUUUGGUGCAGCAGCAACAACAGCAACAACAACUGCAGCAACAGCAGCAGCAACAACAACUGCAGCAGCAACAACAACUGCAGCAGCAGCAACAACUGCAGCAGCAGCAACAAUUGCAGCAGCAGCAGCAACAACUGCAGCAGCAACAAUUGCAGCAGCAACAACAACAAUUGCAGCAGCAACAGCUGCAGCAGCAACAACAACAGCAACAGGAGCAGCAGCAGCAGCAGUGGAGAUCAGAGGUUUUGGUCCAGCAGCAGCGGCAGCUGACUUGGGCAGAUGUGCCCACUUCAACCCUGGUGGGCCGGGGCACCAUUCAAUAUGGUUCCCCACUCCCUCCACAUGUGGACGUUGCCAGCUUGUGGGGCUACCCGACACCUACGUCUGUACCCCACGCCCGGAGCUCGCCUGCAAAAUCUGGGGAGGGACAAGAGCAGAAGCAGCAGCAGACGCCCUCACUGGGCUGGGCCGAUGGUGCCUCGGCAGCAUCGACGGGUGUAGCUCAACGGGAGUCUCCCCGUUCCCAAAUUGGCAAUGGGGCAGCUGUGUGGGGCUUCCAGACACCCCCGUCAGUGCCCCAGACCGUCAGUUCACCCCAACAAAUGGGGAAUGGGCAGGACCAGCAGCUGUCUACGGUGUGGAGUAAUGCACUUGCUUCAACGAAAAUGGGCCUGACUUUAGUCCAGUCCGAGGAAUCCCACCCCAGAAGAGGGAAUGGAGGCGCUAUCUUCAGCUUUCAGGCUUCUCUAGCUAGACCAAAGGCCCUGAAUUCUCCAAGUAAAUUUGGGGAGGCGCAAGACCAGCAGCAGCAGCAGAAAGUGCAGCAGUCAAUGAUGGCUGAUCACCAAGCCCAUCCAGAUCAGACCACCCCUGUUCUCUCACUGCCCCCUCCCCCACCCCCUGCUCCUCCUCCUCCUCCUCCUCUCCCUCCUCCUCCUCCACCUCCCCCCCCUCAGCACCAUGCUUUACCGUCCUCUCCCUCCGUUUCCUUAGCACUUACUCAGGCCCUUGCUUUACCUCUCUCGCAAACCCUCGCUCUCCCUCCCCCUAUUUCUUUGCCUCUUCCUCUUCCCCUUCCUCCACCUCAGUCCCUACUUUUGCCGCCCACUCAGCCCCACCGUCCCGACGGUGCCGGCUUGCUCCCUCCCUCCACACAGAACAGCUACCUCGUGCCGAAGCACAUGAUUUGCGAGAGGCUACCCUGCCCGCCGGCCUUACCUCCGCUGCAGCCUGCGCCGCUAGCCAAAGUGCAUCAGCCGGACGGCGGCCGGCCUCUGCCGUUUGCCCGCAACCCCCUUCUCCAGUGCAUGAUCUGUGGGCGCUCUCUACCCCGAGAGCUGGACUUGCACUUGCACUACAUGCAGCAUGCGCAGGGAGAGAUUUAAUGUUUCUCCCACCGAUGAAACUCACGGAUAAUAUGCACUGACAGUAUUGCUUCCUUAACGGUCAUUUCAACCGCCUCACUUGUUUUUCCUUUAGCUUCAGCCAAAUAAAUAGACAAAGGUCAUUAAGUUUGUUUUCAAGCUACUACAGAGUAUGGGGUUAAGUCCAAAAUGCACCUGGAUUUAUCAAUAAUUGUCUUGAUAUUUUUAAAUGUUGGACCAUUGCUGGAACUUUUUUUUUGGUGGGAGGUCAUACAGCUGCAAGAAGGCCUGCAUUGUGUGCUAGGUUUCAUAUCUUAGUGAGAAAAGUUGUAUAGUGUGUGGGCUGAUCCUGUACCUGCCUGCAUACAUCAUAUUAAGUGAGUACUUUCAGUGAUACGACUGAUUCCUAAAUCAAUUAAUCAGUUAUUGAGCCUAAUUUUUGAUGCUUGUUUUCAUCAUGUUGAAGGUUUUUUUUUUACAUUUUUUUUUUUAAACAAGUACACUUGCAUUGCAUAGGAUUUGUUUAAAUGUAUUUGUCAUCUUUGUGGAACUAGCCUUGAAAUUGAAAUUGAAAUUUGGUCCAUGUGGCCUAUCUGUGUUAACACA